UGCAUGUUUCUAAAGCCAAUGUAUCUGUUGAACCUAUUCCACUCAUAUAUAUUUCUUUCUUCCUUCCUCAAUUCUUACCCAACAAAUCCUUUUACCAACAAAUUUCAAUACUCAAUUGUCUCUCCGUUUCUUCUUGUUUCUCUUUUUUUGCCCUACUUUGUUGGGGUUUCAAGUUCUUGCUUUCAUUUGGUGAUGCUUUCAAUCUUUCUUGCUUCUUUGAUCGUUGCUUUCUUCGCUUAUUUGCUGGUUGUCGCAAGUUUUUCUGAUUCUGGAUCUUUUCAAUCAUGCCUGCUCUCGUUAACUACAGUGGAGAUGAUGAAUUCUAUCUUGGGGGGUCUUUUCGUACAAAUCCGAUUGACUUGGGUCAGUUAUAUUCAAUUGGCGCUCAUGUGGAUAUAUACAGCCCUCCCUGCAAGCGGGCUCGCAUUAGUUCCCCAUUUCUUUAUGGAAUCUCCGAUCUCGAGCAGAAUAAGCGGCCAUCAAUUGACGUUCUUCCAGAUGAAUGCCUUUUUGAGAUCUUCAGGCGCAUCUCUGGAGGCAAAGAGAGGAGUGUCUGUGCUUCUGUCUCCAAGCGCUGGCUGAUGCUAUUGAGCAGCAUUAGGAGGUCUGAAAUUUGCAAGACAAAUAGCACAGCUUCAGACAGCGAGGUUACAGUCUCUGUUUCUGACGAGAUUGAAAUGGUUUCUUGUGACGAAGACGGUGAAAUUUGCAGUGAUGGCUACCUAACAAGGUCUUUGGAAGGAAAGAAAGCAACAGAUAUGAGACUUGCUGCAAUUUCCGUUGGAACUAGUGGCCAUGGGGGGCUAGGCAAGCUUUUUAUCCGGGGAAGCAACUCAGUUCGUGGAGUUACCAACCUUGGUUUAUCAGCAAUAGCUCAUGGUUGCCCAUCUUUGAAGGCUCUUUCUCUGUGGGAUGUGCCUUCUGUUGGGGAUGAGGGUCUAUUUGAGGUGGCCGAAGAAUGCCAUUUGUUGGAAAAGCUUGAUCUAUGCAACUGUCCUUCAAUUUCCAACAAGGGUUUGAUUGCGAUUGCUGAGAACUGCCCUAACUUGAUCUCUUUGAAUGUGGAAUCUUGUCCAAAGAUUGGUAAUGAGGGUUUACAAGCUAUUGGAAAGUUUUGCCCCAAGCUGCAGUCCAUCUCUAUUAAAGACUGCCCUCUCGUUGGAGAUAAUGGAGUAUCAAGUUUAUUGUCAUCAUCUACUUCUGCAUUAUCUAAAGUAAAGCUUCAGGCGUUGAACAUCACAGAUUUCUCUCUUGCUGUAAUCGGGCACUAUGGGAAGGCUGUUACAAAUCUUGUUCUCAGCAGUCUACAGUAUGUGAGUGAGAAGGGACUUUGGGUCAUGGGUAAUGCUCGAGGUUUGCAGAAAUUGUUGUCUUUGACAGUUUCUUCUUGUCGAGGGAUUACAGAUGUGAGUCUUGAAGCUAUAGCAAAGGGCUGUGCAAAUCUGAAGCACAUGUGCCUUCGUAAGUGUUGCUUUGUGUCAGACAAUGGACUGGUGUCUUUUGUCAAAGCUGCAGGAUCUCUGGAGAGCCUGCAAUUAGAAGAGUGUAACAGGGUUAGCCAAUCAGGGAUUGUUGGUGCAGUCUCAAAUUGCGGAACAAAGUUGAAGGCUCUUAGCCUUGUAAAGUGCGUGGGAAUUAGAGAUGUACCAUCAGGAAUGCUAGCAUCCUCUCCUUGUAGCUCUCUUCGAUCCCUGUCCAUUAGAAACUGCCCAGGAUUUGGCAGCGCUAGUUUGGCUUUGGUGGGCAAGUUGUGCCCUCAGCUUCAGCAUUUAGAUCUCAGUGGCCUCUGUGCAAUUACAGAUGCAGGGCUUCUCCCACUCUUGGAGAGUUGUGAGGUGGGACUUGUCAAGGUGAAUCUUAGUGGCUGCAUGAGUUUGACCGACAGAGUAGUUUCAUCCCUGGCUAGGCUACAUGGUGGAACUCUUGAAUUGCUGAAUCUAGAAGGUUGCAGGAAGAUCACUGAUGCCAGUUUGGUGUCAAUCGCUGAAAAUUGUUUGUUUCUUAGUGAUCUUGAUAUGUCAAAAUGCACUGUGACUGAUUCUGGAAUUGCAGUCCUGUCUAGCGCUGAUCACCUCAAUCUUCAAGUCCUUUCCCUCUCUGGUUGUUCAGAAGUAUCAAAUAAGAGCUUCCCUUUCCUAAAGAAAUUGGGCAGAACCUUGGUGGGGUUGAAUCUUCAAAACUGCAAUUCUAUCAGCAGCAGCGCAGCUGAGCUGCUUGUGGAGAGCUUGUGGAGAUGUGAUAUCCUCUCUUAAUUGUGGAGGGAAACAGAAGGCAUACUCACUCGAACAAAUGGACAGAAUUGAAUGCGGUGGACUCUGCCUUAGGGAGUUCAAGAGUUCCAGUUUGACCUGAUAUAUUGUACAAGGAUUAAGUUCUCUCGGAAAGCUCACAAGGUAGCAGCUUUAGCAUAGUUUUUUAGCCCAUCAGCAAUGGGUCCCACUGGUACCUCUGGCUUGGUUGUUUUCCAGGGAGCUUUGGCAAAUCGCUCCUCUUUCCUCUUAAAUUUUUGCAAGCUUUCCUCAGAUGGAAAGCUUGUUGUAACUUUUUGGCGCCCAUUGGUGGGAGGCCUCUUUCAUUUCCAUGGUUUCUUGAGAAUACAGUUACUAAGCCAAGUUUAGAUUUUCACUUGUGGCUGCUUCAUUGCACAUCAGGUCAAGUCCUUGUUCUGUUUUGCUGGAUGUAAGCAUGUGCAGUAUUUAGCUCUUGUCCAAUAUUGUUUGGUGGUAUGAUAUGAUCCACGAUCCCUCGACCAAGUUUGCAGUGUUCCAUGUAUUGCUCUGUUGUUUUAAUAAGUUCAUCUUAGUUGCAAGUGUCUUAAUAAAGGGUAGUAGUGCUUGAAACUUGAAAUACUUGUUUGGGUAAUUACCAUGUGUGUUUCCUUUCAUCUGAGUCCUUUGUGUGUAAGGUUGCUUUGGGCAGUUCUGUAUCUAGGUGCCUUAGAUCAGCAAGUUUUGGCUUUGUCCUCUGGUUCAUCGCUUUGCCUGAAACAUUGGUUUUAAGCCAGGCCUAAUUUGUACAGGCUUCUAUAUGAUUAUGGAUUGUACUCUGCAACUAUUUCAAUAAAGUAUAAUAUUUCUCUUA